AUGGUAUGCCUGCAUCUACCCCGCUACCCUGAAAAAUUCCGCCGUGGUAUUCGUGUCCUCUGGACUUGGCUCAGCAGUGCCAGCGAUCAGAACGGGGCCUUCGCUCCCACUCUCCGCCGCGCUGCGGCCGCCGCCCCCUCCUCCGCUUUCGCAUCCAACUUCGCCACCCAGCGUGCCGUUGCUGGCUUCACCCUGCCCAACGCUAUCCGGGCGUAUGUCUAUCCCCAGAGCUUCAAGGACAAGGGCCUCUUUAGUACAGAGCGCAUGCUGACGUUGGAUCACAGUGGUACCCUGGCUGGCAGCUUCGGUGUCUUCGCCGGUGCUGCUGCUCUUUUCUUCCUCGGCGAGGUUCCCCGUGUCCGUCGCGACAUUCUGCAGCAGUUCCCCUUCCUGGACACUUAUUUCGAUCGUCCCAUUGCCCCCGAGGACAACCCCUUCUAA